UUUUUUCCGAGGAAUUAAUGGGUGGAACUUUUUGGAACCGGCCAGGCAUGGUUGAGAUUGGGUAUCCUGAAUUUCUUUUGGCUGUCUCUUCGGGUAGACUGAGAGAAGUGUAGUGUAGUGGUGAAGGUGUGCAGCCGGCAUUAAGAGGGUCUCUCAGUCCUGGCUGCCACUUCGAGCGGAGUGAGUUUGGGCGGUCUCUGUGCCCCGGGUUUCCUUCUGUGGAAAGUCAAGGGUUAUUAUUAUAAAGCUCUCAGAAGAGAACCUGGCACGUAGUCCUUCAUUAAUACUAACUACUGCUGUUAAAUGAUGAUGUUUAUUUAUUGCCUGUCAGCUUUCUGUAUUCCCUAGGGUAGUGAAAAUGUGAAGUUAAUUAUGAUGGAUGUUUGCAAGCAGGAAACUGAACCAGAUGCUCAAGUGGACCACAACAGAGAUUCAGAACAAGGAGUCUUUGAUCUCUGUCUCUCUGCUUUUAGGGCAACAAAAAUCUCUUAAGAGUGAAUACAGAGCUAUUGUAAAUAUUUAUAAAUGAUUAAUUUUGGUGGGAGGAGGGAAAAUCCAUGAAAGCACUAAAUUUCUUAUUUAAAUAAAAAAACUAGCAAUCUUGGGAUCUUAUCCUAUUUUCAGAAAUAAAACCAUACAAAAACUCAUGCUUAUAGAAAUGUUUUGGGAAAAUAAACUCUAAAGUAGUAAUUAUUUCUGGAUUUGUGAGCAAGAAUAAUUUUUGUUUUUUAAAGAUUUAUUUAUGUAGGCUGGCGCUGUGGCAUAGCGGGUAAAGCUGCUGCCUGCAGUGCUGGUUCGAGUCCUGGCUGCUCCACUUCCCAUCCUGCUCCACUUCCCAUCCGGCUCUCUUCUAUGGUCAGGGAAAGCAAUAGAGGAUGGCCCAAGUCCUUGGGCCCCUGCCCCUACAUGGGAGACCCAGAAGAGGCUCCUGGCUUCGGAUUGGCACAGCUCCGGCUGUUAUGGCCAACUGGGGAGUGAUCAGCACCGGCCCCAGAAUUGAAUUUUUUAAAAAAGAUUUGUUUAUUUGAAAGUCAUAGUUACAGAGACAAAGACAGGGAGAGCUGGGGUGGGGGUGGGGAUCAAUCUCCAUCUGCUGGUUCACUCCCGAGAUGGCUGCAAUGGCUGGAUUGGGCCAGACCAAAGCCAGGAGCCAGGAGCUUCAUCUAGGUCUCCCACGUGGGUGGCAGGGGCCCAAGUACUGGGGCCAUCUGCUGCUUUUCCCAGGGAGUUAACAGUUAGCUGGAUUGGAAGUGGAGCAUCUGGGACUAGAACCAGUGUCUGUAUGGGAUGUCGGCAUCAUAGGCAGUGCUUUUACCCACUAUGCCACAAUGCUGACACUAGAUGAAAAUUUUACCCUCAUUUUUAAUGACUACUUAAUUUUCCAUUGUAUGAAUACAGGAUAACUUAUAUAACAAUAUUGAAGGAUAUGUAGAUUCUUUUCAGGUUUUUUUGAUCCCAUCAAUAAAUACUUUAAAAAAAAAGAUUUAUUUUAUUUAUUUUGAAAAAGUUACAGAGAGAGGUAGAGACAGAGAGAGGUCUUCCAUCUGCUGGUUCACUCCCCAGAUGACUGCAAUGGUUGGAGCUUUGCUGAUCUGAGGCCAGGAGCGAGGAGACUCCUCUGGGUCUCCCACGUGGGUGCAGGGGCCCAAGGACUUCACCCUCCAAUGGCUGCCGCGGCUGGCGCGCUGUGGCCGGUGCACUGCGCUGAUCCGAUGGCAGGAGCCAGGUACUUAUCCUAGUCUCCCAUGGGGUGCAGGGCCCAAGCACUUGGGCCAUCCUCCACUGCACUCCCUGGCCACAGCAGAGAGCUGGCCUGGAAGAGGGGCAACUGGGACAGAAUCCGGUGCCCCGACCCGGACUAGAACCCCGGGGUGCCAGUGCCUCAGGCGGAGGAUUAGCCUAGUGAGCCGUGGCGCCAGCCAGAUUUUUAUACUUUUUUAAGAGAUGGAGACAGAUAAAGACAGAGUUUUCAACUGCUAGUUCACUCCCCAAAAGCCCAUUUAACAAUUGAAUCAACAGGUUAUUUCUAUUUCCUGGAGAAUUAUCUAUACUCAGGUUUCAUAAAUUUACUUCUCCCCAGUCUGGGUGCCAAGAAAGAGUGAGUGGUACUAGAGACUGUGCUGGCGAUCUUGGUGAUCCUAAACAGGAAAAGAGUGAGCAUUAAGCUCUGAGGAUCUGAGAAUGGUAGGUAGGUAAGCCUGGGAGAAGGGAUCCCACUUAGUGCAGUGUCACUGUGGUAAAGGCUACUGGGCAUGAUCUAUGCAGGUGUUUUUCUCAAAUAGUGGCAUCGGAACCAGUAGCAUCAACAUCACCUGGAAACUUUUUGGAAUUCAACUCAAGUUGGGCCACAAGGCUACUGAACACUGAACUCUGGGAGUGGAUCCUAACAAUCUGUGAUUUAACAAGCCUUCCAGCCCUCCUUUCUGUGGAUUCUGCUUCUCCAGUAAAUGAACCCCCGGGAAAAUGACCAGUUCUUGUAAUACUAAAAUAAUGGCUCAUGAUUUGGUGAUGUUCAAAGAUGUGACUGUAGACUUUUCUCAGGAAGAGUGGGAAUGCUUGAACUCAAAUCAGAGGAAUUUGUACAGAGAUGUGAUAUUAGAGAACUAUAGCAACUUUGUGUCACUGGGAUGCUCUAUUUCUAAGCCAGAUUUGAUUACUCUAUUGGAACAAGGGAAAGAGCCCUGGAUGGUUGUGAGGGGUGAGAAAAGAAGAUGGAGCCUAGAUUUGGAAUCCAGGUAUGACACUAAAAAAUUAUUUCAAGAGAAAGAUAAUUAUGAAAUGAAAUUAUCUCAGUGGGAAAUAAUGGAAAGAGUUAAAAGUCGUGGCCUUGAUGACUCCUUUCUUGGAAAAGGUUGUGAAUAUAAACAGUUUGAGGGACAAGAGGGUCGUCCCUACACGAUACAUUUCAGGCAAGUGACAAAAACCACCCCUGCAAAAGUGCCCACUUACAGAAAACUAGCAUCUCUUACUCUGUGUCAGAAAACUCAUAAUAGAGAAAAACCUUAUGAGUGUGGGGUCUGUGGGAAGGCUUUUAGAGUCCGCCAGCAGCUUACUUUUCAUCAGAGAAUUCAUACUGGUGAGAAACCUUAUGAAUGUAAAGAAUGUGGAAAAGCCUUUAGACAGUGUGCCCACCUUAGCCGACAUCAGAGAAUUCAUGCUUCUGACAAACUCUAUGAAUGUAAAAAAUGUGGAAAGAUUUUUACGUGUAGCUCAGACCUUCGAGUACAUCAGAGAAGUCAUGUUGGUGAGAAGCCCUAUGAGUGUAAGGAAUGUGGGAAGGCCUUUAGAGUGCGAGGACAGCUUAAUCUUCAUCAAAGGAUUCACACUGGUGAGAAACCCUAUGAGUGUAAGGAAUGUGGGAAGACCUUUAGGCAGUAUGCACACCUUACCCGACAUCAGAGACUUAACAUUGCUGAGAAGUGCUAUGAGUGUAAGGAGUGUGGUCAGGCCUUUCUGUGUAGCACAGGCCUCCGAGUGCAUCACAAACUUCACACUGGUGAGAAACCCUAUGACUGCAAAGAGUGCGGAAAGGCCUUUAGAGUGCGGCAGCAGCUCACGCUCCACCAGCGGAUUCACACUGGCGAGAAGCCCUAUGAAUGUAAGGAGUGUGGGAAGACCUUUAGUCGUGGCUAUCAUCUAACUCUCCAUCAGAGAAUUCACACUGGAGAGAAACCUUAUGAGUGUAAAGAAUGCCAGAAGUUCUUCCGUCGUUAUUCAGAACUUAUUUCACACCAGGGUAUUCAUAUUGGAGAGAAACCUUAUGAAUGUAAGGAAUGCGGGAAGGCCUUUAGGCUGUUCUCACAGCUUACUCAACAUCAGAGCAUUCAUUUUGGUGAGAAGCCCUAUAAAUGUAAGGAUUGUGAGAAGACGUUUAGGUUGCUCUCACAGCUUACUCAACAUCAGAGUAUUCAUACUGGUGAGAAACCUUAUGACUGUAAGGAGUGUGGGAAGGCGUUUAGACUUCAUUCAUCACUUAUUCAACAUCAGAGAAUUCAUUCUGGGGAGAAGCCAUACAAAUGUAAGGAAUGUAAGAAGGCCUUUAGACAGCAUUCACACCUUACUUACCAUCAGCGAAUUCAUAAUGUAACUUAAUUAUGAGAAUCUUCCCAUUGUGAAUUUUGUGUUAAACAGCAUUAGGAAAUACAUUCUAGAAGAAAAGUUUAGAAUGUAGGAAUCCCUUUUGCUUCGUACUCAAAACUAACUUGGCAUAAGAGGUUUUCUUUAAAAGAAAGAAGAAUGUGUUAAUUUAAUGAGUAUGUAGAAGCCGGUCACCACCUCUUAAGCCAUGUUGAACUUCAGAAGUCAUUCUGGAAAGCAACUGUAUUUGAGGAAUGAAUGAGGAAAAUUUUUUUAUCUUAACUAUUACCAUCUUUAUAUCCUUCCAUCUGUUUAGUAUAUCUAUGGAGAUUGCCAGGGUACAGCUCAUUCUGAAAAUUGAUGAAUAAAAGGAAAGAAAAGACAUUUAGUCUGCAUUUCCUAUAUAAACUGUAUUUCAGGACAACCAGAAGUUAAUGAGGUAAAAUUCUUGAUUAGAGAAUUCCAGCUAAUGAAUGUAGAAAUAGAAUUAGAGAAUUCUAUUAGGAAAACCAUUCUGUAACAUAUAAUAAUAGAUCUAGACACAAUUCUGAUUAGGUGUUAAGACCAUUAAAUGGAAGGUUGACAUGGAUUUCAUAGUGAAUAGAUCAGGCUCAAAUCAUUUGAACCCACUGAUCAAUCUUAACCUCACAAAAAGUAGGACAAUAAAACAUGCUCCUACUGUGAUUCAAGAAGAUGUACACAUCUUGCCAAAAAUAUUGAACCUGAAUUUAAGCUUCAGGAUCUAAUUCCAAGUUUAAAGAAAAUGAGAGAAUGGAAGACCAAAUUACAUGGCAUAAAAAGAAGCAAUUAAAUCUAAAUUGUAGGUAAUUCUACAAGAGGAAUGACAUGGUAUCUCAACCAAUAAAAUGACACUGAAAAAAGGAGGUGGGACUCUUAGAUACUGAAAGAGAUAUAGGAGACAUCAAUCAAUUGCAAUGAAAAAUUCAUUCUUAUUUAGAUCAUGAAUUAACUGAUUGUAAAGUAAGUAAUUUUUACAAUAAUUGGGAGAUAAGAAUGUUAAUAGUAUUAGAUAACUGUUUUGUUAUGUCUGAUAGUAGCAUCAUGCUUAUGUUUUUAAAAUGUUUGGUAGAGAUCUGAAAUGAUAUUUGAAAUGAUGUCUGAAAUAUCCUUUAAAAUGCUCAUGCAGAAGAAAAAGUAGAUUAAGUAUGGCAGAAUCAUGGUGAACUGAGUACAUAGGUUUUAUUUCAUUUUAGUUAUUCUCUUUUUUAAGAAUUUUUAUGUGUUUAAAAAUUUCUAUAAUCUUUUAAAUAUGAAAUUAAACUUGAAAGUUCAACCAG